AAUGCACUUCACCUCUGAGCCCUGAUUCAUCUCAUUUCACUUCCUCACAAAAAAUGGCUAAAAUUGUGUUUCUUUUCUCACUUGCCCUUUUGCUUUUACUUGGAACUACAUCUGCUGCUCAACCCACUUCACCUACAAGGAUUGUUAAUGGGCUUUUCUCGAAUGUGGCUUCUUCUUUGAUGAAAUGGGCGUGGUCGCUUAAAACAACCACUAAACCAGCAAUUACUGGUCGUCCAAUGAUGAAAUUCGAGAGUGGGUAUAAUGUCGAGACAGUUUUCGAUGGAAGUAAACUUGGGAUUGAACCUCAUGCUCUUGAGGUUUUGCCAAAUGGAGAGCUUCUUGUUCUUGAUUCAGCUAAUAGCAAUCUAUACAAGAUCUCUUCCUCUUUAUCUCUCUAUAGUAGACCGAAGUUGGUUGCUGGAUCAGCCGAUGGGUAUUCUGGACAUGUAGAUGGGAGGCUUAGAGAAGCUAAGAUGAACCACCCGAAAGGACUUACGGUUGAUGACAAAGGAAACAUAUACAUUGCCGAUACUGCCAACAUGGCAAUCCGGAAAAUAAGUGAUACAGGGGUGACAACAAUUGCAGGAGGCAGCAAAUUGGGCCGUGGAGGGGGACACGUCGAUGGACCAAGUGAAGAUGCUAAGUUUUCUAACGACUUUGAUGUUCUUUAUAUCGGAAGUAGUUGCUCUCUUCUUGUUAUAGACAGAGGAAACCAAGCCAUCCGUGAGAUCCAACUCCCUUUCGAUGAUUGUGCUUAUCAGUAUGGAAGCGGAUUCCCUCUUGGGAUUGCUGUUUUGGUUGCAGCGGGCUUCUUCGGUUACAUGCUUGCAUUGCUGCAACGGAGAGUUGGUAGCAUGAUUUCCUCCCAAAUGGAUGAACCUCAGACUACAAUGAAACAAAGCAUUGCUCCAACACCACCAUACCAGAAACUUCCGGUAAGACCGCCACUGAUUCCAUCGGAAACCGAGCCGGAAAAACAAGAAGAGGGUUUCUUUGGAUCUCUCGGGAAACUUAUGGCCAAUGCCACCUCAUCAUUCUCCGAGAUCUUGGGAGGUGUUUUCCCGGGCUUCCGAAAGAAACAACUUAACUAUCACUUCCAAAAUCAACAAUCGUUUCAUCAAGACCACAAGUACGCAUCCAGCAGUUGGCCCGUCCAAGAUAGUUACGUGAUCCCGGAAGGAGACGAACCACCUCCGUCAAUUGAGACACGAACCCCGACCCCGAAAAAGACGUAUCCGUUCAUGACAAGUGAUGCGGAGAAAAUGCAACAGUUUCGUCAAAGCCGUCAUCUUUACAGCGGGUGGGACCGGGACGUUCAGCAGCCACCGCAACUACAACAGCAACAACAACAGCAGCAGCAUCAGCAGCAGCAGCAGCAUCAGCAUCACAACCGAUACUAUUCCUCGAUGGCUGAAACUUACUAUGAACAAAGUGCAGAGAAAACAAAGGAGAUCGUUUUUGGGGCUGUUCAAGAACAAGCGGAAUCGAUGGUGAUAAAGCCAUUGGAUCACGGGAAUCCGGUUUAUGAUCAUCGUGGCAAGAUUCGUUCUCGUUCUCGUGGUUUUGCUCGUGGCGAUUGAUGAAUUAUAUUGGAAUAAAAGUGGGAAUUAUUUCAUUGUGAUAAGUAAUUUUGCAAUGUGUUAAGAGUAUAGCAAUUAGGGUUUUAUAGAACAUAUAUAUGAUGCAGCAUUGGAAGCAAAAGUAUCUGUAAGAAGCUGCCAUUGUUAUUGAAAAAGUGAAUAUGCAUUUCCUUUAGAAACACUUGUUUUC